CCGUUUUCUUUCGCACAGAAACGGCACAGCAGGACGCCUGUCUGAGGGCUCAACCGCGCCUAACCCUUGCAUGAGAGUUUUACAACAAAAGACAACAACUUGGAAAGUGUUUUUCAGUGGAGUUGCAGGGGAAUUUAACACUGGACGGGAAGAGAACAAAGGGGAGGGACGGUCUGAGCUGAUGGACUCGGAGAUGAGAUAGUGUUCUGCCCUAGCUCUCCAUCCUUCCCCCCGUGGUCGGACGGACGGUUUUCUCUCUUUUCCGGAUGAUGUAACUGUUUUAUGACAGGCUGAGCUCGGAUAGUCUUCGUACAUUUUUUUUUCUUUGAAAAAAUCAGCUCACGGGUGAUACCCGACGACGACCCGCAUCCUCUGUGUUUUUAGAGCUUCGUCCAGGUUUCGACUCGGCUCAGCGGGACGUUGCGCAGAGUUCAAACCGGCUGUUCCCGGCGAUGAUGAGCAGCGGUGCAGUCAUGUGGCAGAGGAUUCAAAUUUGCUGCGCACUGUUUGCACUGUAUUCAGCGGCACCACCUGCACACAUCAACCGCCUGGCGCUGUUCCCCGACAAGAGCGCUUGGUGCGAAGCCAAGAACAUCACACAGAUAGUUGGGCACACAGGAUGUCAGCCUCGCUCUAUUCAAAACAGAGCUUGUCUGGGCCAGUGUUUCAGCUACAGCGUUCCCAACACAUUUCCACAGUCAACCGAAUCUCUGGUGCACUGUGACUCCUGCAUGCCUGCCCAGACACAGUGGGAAGUGGUGACUCUGGAUUGUCCAGGCAGUGAGGAGUCUCCUCGGGUGGAUAAGCUGGUGGAAAGGAUCUUCCACUGCAGCUGCCAGUCGUGCAGUAAGGAAGGCGCCCAGGAGGGGGCGGUGAUGCAGCUGUAUCCAGCAGACAACACCCUGGAUUCAGCUUCGUCUUUAUCUGACACCCUCAGCGGAGUUCAGUCUCACUCUCUGCCCCAUUCAGAUUCACACUCUAAUAAGCACGUCAAGCUUCACACAGACCAUCACACACUACCGCAUACAUCAGACGGGGGGUAGGACUGACACCUUUUAGUCCAAAUAUUUGACUUUGCUCAAAUCUGCUGCCCUCUCUGCUCUCCUCCACACUGCACCCGUUGUACCUGUCCGUAGUAUUGUAAAGGCACUUUGAAGAUAUGACUUCACUUCAUAUUAAAAUCUUUCUCUAAAGGUACACACACACACACACACACAUACACACACAGUCAUGCUAUCAGAAUGCACGCAAUUGCAUAUAAACAUAUACAAACACCAGUCUAGCACUCUUGUUUGCUAAUUAACUCAUUGUGUGUGCUUUUUUGCAUCCAGACGUGACUGUAGUAUGUGAAUAAACUGUAGUCUGUUAAUCUGCUUUGAAGCAAUAAAUUCUGUGGUUGUGAGUGACGUGUCUGGUGUCAUGUUCAUACACAUGAAAGUCAAAUGAAACGAAAGUCAAAGGAAAGUUUGUUUCUGUGUUGUCUGAAAGACUUCACCACAGUUUCCUCUCAAGAACAAAGCUUUGACUGUGUUAUCUGGCACAUGGUCUGGAUCUCUUUCAUAGACAAAACUCAGCCAUGAACAAAGAUUUAAUAGAUGCUGCUGCAUUAUGGGAAUGGAUCCUGCUGCUUGCUGCUUUAUUAGUGUGAAUCUGAUCCUGCUUUUCCACAAAGUUAAAUGAGAUG